AUGCCCAACUACAAAUCCAAGUUCACCGAAAUGUUCGACAACAAAACCGCAUGCAAACACACCACUCCUUCCAAAGAAGGCACCAAAAUGUGCGAUCCCUGCUGGACUAAAUGGGAAACCCAACACCGCCAAAUGGGCAUCACGGAUCCACGUUCACUCAGGUCAGUACCUCAGAGACCCCUCGACACCGUAGCCGAGGAGCCCGAGCCUGGAUGCUCAAAUUUAAAACUAUGCACUGACUUCAGCAAGAUGUGCGAGUACUGCCUGGAGCGAUUCGAAGCCGGAGAUGCACAGGGGGCAGCGGUCCACCCCUGCAUAGACCAGGCAACAAGGUGCGACUACUGCUGGACGGCCUACGAAGUCCCCGUCGCUGACUACCAGAAGGUUGCAGAAGCGACAGACCCGUGUUUAAGCCCCGUCACGAUGUGUGAUUACUGUCGGGCUGCGUUCAAGGUUUAUAGCAAGCAUAACCCGGUAGAGGCACUGCUGCAGAAACCGGGGACGUACCCGGUGAAGUUCCGUCGUUUGCUUGAUCAACAGUCUGUUGGACCUGACUUUGCCAAGGAGGUCAGCCGGGCUUUGGCGCAGAGAUUGGAGAGACGGUAUAAGAAGAGGGUGCGUGUGCAUGUUUCGAAUCAUGUCCCUGAGAAAGAUGGCAGCUUUGAGACAGGAGCUUGGGUGUUGGUGGACUUUCCUGAAGUGGUCAGACCUGAUAGGGAGAUGUGCAGGGAUCUCUUUGGUGGACUUCCAUGUGGCAGUCGAGGGUGGUCUGUCAUUCUUCCUUCGGCGAAAGGGUGUGUUGGUGAGUUUCGUAUGCACUGGUUUGAUAGUCCCAGGGUUGAAUGGAAUAGUAUCUUUUAG